UUCUCGGGGUCUGCAUACACCCUGCGCAGCCUGGACCCGAGCGGAGCCUCUCCGGGGCCCGGCCGCGCCCGGUCCCAGGAGGUACCAUGAUGUGGGGUGCAGGCAGCCCCCUGGCCUGGCUCUCUGCUGGCCCAGGAAACAUGAACAUGAGCAGCGUGGGCUCAGCAGAGGGGCCCACAGGCCCAGCCACACCACUGCCCUCACCUAGGGCCUGGGACGUAGUGCUGUGCAUCUCAGGUACCCUUGUGUCCUGUGAGAAUGCGCUGGUGGUGGCCAUCAUCGUGGGCACUCCCGCCUUCCGCGCCCCCAUGUUCCUGCUGGUGGGCAGCCUGGCUGUGGCAGACCUGCUGGCAGGCCUGGGUCUGGUCAUGCACUUUGCUGCUGUCUUCUGCAUUGGCUCGGCGGAGAUGAGCCUGGUGCUGGUCGGCAUGCUGGCCAUGGCCUUUACUGCCAGCAUUGGCAGCCUACUGGCCAUCACCGUUGAUCGCUACCUUUCUCUGUACAAUGCCCUCACCUACUACUCAGAGAUGACAGUGACGCGGACCUAUGUGAUGCUGGCCCUAGUGUGGGGAUGCUCAUUGGGCCUGGGGCUGCUGCCUGUGCUGGCCUGGAACUGCCUGGAGGCCCGGGCCACGUGUGGCGUGGUAUAUCCGCUCUCCAAGAACCAUCUGGUGGUCCUGGCCGUUGCUUUCUUCAUGGUGUUUGGCAUCAUGCUGCAGCUCUAUGCCCAGAUCUGUCGCAUCGUCUGCCGCCAUGCCCAGCAGAUUGCCCUCCAGCGGCACCUGCUGCCUGCCUCCCACUACGUGGCCACCCGAAAGGGCAUUGCCACCUUGGCUGUGGUGCUUGGCGCCUUUGCCGCCUGCUGGCUGCCCUUCACCGUCUACUGCCUGUUGGGCGAUGCCCACUCCCCACCCCUCUACACCUAUCUCACCCUGCUCCCUGCCACCUACAACUCCAUGAUCAACCCCAUCAUCUAUGCCUUCCGCAACCAGGACGUGCAGAAGGUGCUGUGGGCUGUCUGCUGCUGCUGUUCCUCUUCCAAGAUCCCCUUCCGAUCUCGUUCCCCCAGUGAUGUCUAG